UACAACCAGUGUUUUUUUUUGGUUUUUUUUUUCGAAAACUAAGAGCCAUGACGUUAUAACCACAGACUCAGGGCGAACUCGGACGUUUAUUUCAGUUUCAGCAGAGUAAACGGAUGUUUGGAUGUCGAACGUUAUCGUGUAAAACCGUUGAAAAAUCCUCGAGCGACGUGACGUACCAGCUAGAAGAUUCUACACAUUUACGUUAAAGCGCGAGCAGUUAUAGUGUUUGAAGGCGUCGACCACACGCAGAGCGAUAACGUGUCUUUAAAGUCCUAUAAUUUAGGGUUAAUUGCGUUAGAAGCCGUCUAACAACGCAUAUCCGACUCUAGGAGAAUGUGUGUAGAAGUUGACGUUCGUAAAAUGUUGCAGGCAGCUAGCAUAAAUUGUUUUGACUGGGUUUGGUACUUUAUUUGGAGGGGUAAACUCGUACAAUUAUAUAUUUAAAAUCAACUCAAAGAGUGAUUUAACGUCCAUCAGUUAAUUCACUACGCAACUUUUAUUUUGACCUGGACUUAAAUACCGCGACAGUUAUGUAGAGCAGCCUUUUAAAAUGCUCAUUUUUGCCUUCAGAUUUCAUAUACGUGAAGUUAGAUGUCCAGGUUAGCAAAAUAUGUCAUCUCUUAAUGCGACAGAGAUUGCAUGAUUAUUGCAGUCCCUUCCAUUAUCUGUUAUUAAUGUCAGAAGGGUUGUCAUACUUUUUCUGUCUAUUAAGUCCAAAAAGUGACACCAGCAUGUAUGGAUUUAUUACACAAAGAAGAAUAUAUGCUCAUUUCUAAUAUCUAUGGCUGAAAGAUGAGUCAGGCCGAGCAGGUGCCUGAGGACAUGCCUGCAUGCCACACAGAUGAGCCAGAAGCUACAGACGCCAACAAGGACCACCCACAGACACAACCGGGGAUGUUCGGCAGGUUGGCUGGGGGGUUGUAUGGAGCCACCAAAGCUACAGUGGGUGGUGUGACUUGGAUAGGAGGAAAGAGCCUGGACCUCACCAAGACAGCUGUCUGCACUGUAGCUGCCGUGCCUGUAAUGGGAGUGGGGCUGGUGAAGGGGGGAGUGUGUGCCGUGGCUGGCGGCGUGACCGCGGUCGGGUCUGCAGUAGUCAACAAAGUUCCUCUAGGAGGCAGCAAAAAGAAAGACAAGUCAGACUGACAUGGAGCAGAGGAGACUGGACACACAGCUCACACUCCUGUUGAUGUUUUUACAUUUGUAAGCGGGAGAAAAAAGCAACUAAGGACUUAGAGCUGCAGUUUGCAAGUUAUGUUGUUGUUUUUGUGUUAUUUUUAUGUAACUAGAGAUAAAAUUCCACAAUUGUUUAAUUAUGUUUUCAAAAUUUGUACAUAAAAAGAAAGCAAUACAGCACACCUGUUCUCAUUCCUUCUGAUUCAAGACAAUCGAUGAUGAUCUGUGCCUUAUAAGGAGUUGUUUACUUUCAUCUGGAAAUAAUUCACUUUCAGCAGGUAAAUAUUAGAAACACUCCGAGUCUGAUUUCUGAUUAUUCCUCUUCAGAUAAACACACGUACUGACAAAUGAUCAGAUAAAUCUGAUCAAGGACAUGGCAGAUAAAGUCCAGUUUUUUUAUAUAGAUUUUUAUGGGUUGGUUUAUUGUGUUUAACCUGAACAUUUUGGUGUCUUCCAUUUCAAUGUGCAUGCUUCUCAGAUGUAUGGCUUUCUUGUGGUAAUCUCACCUUCGUAGAAGAUUGUUGUUUUAGACAUUUUAUUAUUAUUGUUAUUAUUAUUACAAUAAAUGCAUUAUAUUACUGUGCAAAGGACUUUUUGUAAUUAAAUCUUUUCUUAUUUGUAUGCUUUCCUUUUGUUCUUGUAAAAUAAAGCUUCAAAGUUUUUCAAAUUAAAUUAUGGAGGUAAUUUUCUUUAUUUUAGGUUAAAAAAACACAUAUAUAAUUCAAAUGAUUGAUAUUUCACUGCAAAAUUGUAUGUUUUAAUAUUUGGAAUGAGAUUUCAUUUCUUCAGUAAUUCAGAACUCAUGUAUUAGUUGCAGUAAAUUCAGACUCUGGUAGCAUUAUACUGAUUCAAUAUAGCAAUUCACUUGUAGUUAGUGCAUAAGAAUUAGUUAACUGUGAAUUAUAAACCAUUUUUGAAGCCCCCCAAAACAAUACUUGGAUACAUAAAAAAAAAAAAAUUCCUGCAGCACAAUAAAGCAUGUUUGGUUUCUGCUCGCUAAAAACCAUACACCUACCAGCCUUACAGUUUGGUAAUAACAGCAGAAAACAAAGUUAAUGCUCCUGCAUACGAAGCACACGCGCCACACUCUUUCUUCUGUCGUUUCAUCCUUCACCACACAAUCAAAUGCAUACCACCAGCCAAUGUAUCCAAUUCUAUCAAAAAAAAAAAAAAUAUUUGUAAUUAUUCAGAAAUAUUUAGAACUAAUCUGGUAAUAAUUGAGAUAGGAUAGGGUAUGUGGAUGAAAAUUUGAAGUGUCCAAAUCAUCGUAGAUUACUUAAGUUCUUGUUCGACCGGUCUGUAUAUUGUGCUCUUCACUUCUGUUUUAGCCUAAGAUGGUUCUCAAGCCAAAUUACUUUGGAAAUGCUGUUUUGUAUGUUUUCCUUAAUGAAAUAAAUGUUUUUUGAAUCUCAA